AUGGAGAGCACUGCAGCAACCAACGUGGCACCGGUACCCGAGGCGGAGGGCAAGGUCGAGCAGAACAUUACGCCGUGGGAGGUGGAGAGCGGCGAGAGCGGCAUCGAUUACAACAAGCUGAUCGAUCAAUUCGGCUGCACGCCCAUCGAUGAGGCUCUCCUCCAGCGCAUGGAGCGCGUCACCGGCAAGCCCGUCCACCCCUGGUUGAAGCGUGGCCUCUUCUUCUCACACCGAGCGCUCAAUGAGAUCUUGGAUGCCGCGGAGGCCAAACAGCCCUUCUACCUCUACACCGGUCGCGGCCCCUCGUCGGAGGCCCUCCAUCUUGGCCACAUGAUCCCCUUCAUGUUCACCAAGUACCUGCAGGACGCCUUCGACGUCCCGCUGGUGAUCCAGAUGACCGACGAUGAGAAGUUCCUGUGGAAGGAUCUCACCCUGGAGGAGGCCCACCGCCUCACCUACGAGAACGUCAAGGACAUCAUCGCCGUCGGCUUCGAUCCCAGGAAGACCUUCAUCUUCUCCGAUCUCGAAUACGUCGGACACAUGUACCCGAACAUCGUAAAGAUCCAGAAGUGCGUGACGACGUCGCAGGUCAAGGCCAUCUUCGGCUUCACCGAUUCGGACAACAUCGGCAAGUACGCGUACCCGGCCGUCCAGGCCGCGCCCUCCUUCUCGAGCUCGUUCCCGCACAUCUUCGGUCGCAACAGCAACGUCCGCUGUCUCAUCCCCUGCGCCAUCGAUCAGGAUCCGUUCUUCCGCAUGACUAGGGACGUGGCGCCGCGCAUCGGUUUCCUCAAGCCGGCCGUGAUCCACUCCAAGUUCUUCCCGGCCCUGCAGGGACCCAAGACGAAGAUGAGCGCCAGCACCCCCGGCUCCGCCAUCUUCAUGACCGACAAGCCCGACGAGAUCAAGAGAAAGGUGGCCAAGUACGCCUUCUCGGGUGGCAGGGAGACGGUGGAGGAGCACAGGAGGCUGGGCGGCAACUGCGACGUUGACGUUCCCUACCAGUACCUCUCCAUCUUCUGCUUCGACGACUCGAAGCUCAACCGGAUUCGCGAGGAGUACUCGAGCGGCCGGAUGCUCACGGGAGAGAUCAAGAAGGAGCUGGUGGACGUGCUCACGCCCAUCGUGCUCGAGCACCAGCGCGCCCGACUGGCCGUCACCGACGAAGUCGUCAAGACCUUCCUCACCCCUCGCCGCCUCGAGUUCGGCAAAAACUAG